ACAUCUUGGAUACUCUUUCAAAUAAAAAAAAAAUUAUUUCCUUGAUAUCAACAUGAGCCGAAUCAUUGACGAUGUUUCCUAUCCGGCUGUUCUUUUAGUAGGAAAAACAGGUGCGGGAAAAAGUACUCUGGGUAACUUGCUUCUUGCGCAACCAUACGAUAAUGGUCCUUUCCAAGUUUCAGCAGAUAUGGAAUCUGUUACGCAAGAAUGUGGCACAGCUAAGAUUUCAAUCGAUGGUGUAAUUUAUAAUAUCAUCGAUACACCAGGGAUUUUUGAUACUCAGCUAGUUACGGAUAAGAUACUUGAAGAAAUCGCUAAAACCAUUAAGAAAUGCAAAUAUGGGAUCAAGGCUAUCCUUUUUGUUCUUGAAGCAAAACGGUUUAGUGCUGAACAAAGAGGUGUUUUGGAAGGAAUAAGAAACUUUUUUGGAGAAGGCGCAACGAAUUAUAUAAUUGCUAUAUUUUCUCAUGCAACAAAAGCACAGAUUUAUGAUAGAGAUAUAAUGCGAAAAGCAUGGAAUCAACCUGUUUGUUCCUUUAUUGAGGAUAUAGAAAAUCGUUGGGGUAUCUCUCCAAACUCUGAUUAUUUUCCACCAGAUGAUCCAACUCAUCAGGCACGAUUAGGUGAAAUAAAGGCAUUCAUUAGCAGUAUGCGAGGAGUUUAUACCACUGAACAACUUGAAAAGUCUAUACAAGAACAAGAAAAGGCUCGUCGUCAAAAAGAAGAAGAGGAAGAAAGAAAAAAACAGGAACACGAAGAGAAAUUAAAAGAGAUUGCAAGAAAAGAAGCUGAAGAGGCCCACAAACGUAAGGUUGAGCAAAUGGAACGAGAGCGAAAGGCAAAACAAGAGUAUGAAGAAAAUUUAAGGAGAAAACAACAACAAGAAGCUGAAGAACGGCAGAGGCAAAUGGUUGAGAAAUUGAAACAAGAGGAAAGAGAAAGAAAGAUACAAGAAGAAAAUUUAAGGAGGAAACAACAACAAGAAGCUGAAGAACAAUAUAGACGAAAACUUGAGCAAAUGCGACGAGAGCAAGAACGAGAAGAGGAAUUGAGAAGACAACGAGAGCGAGAAUGGGAAUUAAGAAGACAACGAGAGAGAGAACAAGAAUUAAGAAGACAACGAGAGAGAGAAGAAGAAUUAAGAAGACAACGAGCAAGAGAAGAGGAAUUAAGAAAACAACGAGAACGGGAAGAGAAUUUAAGGAGGGAACGAGAAAGACAAGAGCAACAAAGACUUCAAGAAAUGUAUAGAAGGCAACGUGAAGAAGCAGAACGAGAACUUACAAUAAAUCUGAAAUAUCUUCAGUAA